AUGCCUAGCUUCCAGCCAUGGGGUCAGGCGGCUCAGCCUUCAAGACUUCCACCAACACCUCCUGAAUACCUGCCUACCUACCAGACGCCAGCGAGCAUGAUGGCUGAGCAGAGCUACUAUGGCGCGUCUUCUGACUACCUGGCUCAGCAUGGACAUUCCGGUCGUGAUUUCAUCGAGCGUUACACACAAGCUUCCGAUUACGUAUCACAACAAGCCAUAAAUUCUCAAAGUCACACUCGCGUUCCUCAAAUGCAAGGUUCUCAAGACUAUCGCAAGAUUCCACCCUAUGUUGCUCAGCUUCCGCAGCGGUAUCAGUAUGGUAGCAUGGCGGUAGCUCCACCCCUUCCGCCUAUCCGAGCACGAGACAAUCCUACCGACCCUGUCGGUACGCAAUAUCGCGUACAAGAUGCUCAAAUCCAGAAGCAGAAGGAUCAAGCUCCUAGUGGUGGCGUUUCGGCUCACUUGGACUACGACAUGGAGGUGAUGGCAAACUUUGUUGCGGAAAUGGCCCAAGGAAUGUAUGCAAAAUUCAUCUCUGGCAUUCAUCUUGCAGAUAUUGACCUUAUGCGAAGUGUCAGCCCAGGUUCUCGGCCCGCUCCACAAUUCUUGAAAUACGUUCUGGCAAUUUUGUCGUCCACUCGCCUACCUAGCUCGACUAUCGUUCUCGCGCUCUUCUAUCUUGCUUCUCGAAUGAAGAUCGUCUCUGCAAAUGGCGAAGCUACUCGCUCUUCCAGCUGCGUAUAUCGAAUGCUUACCACCUGUCUUCUUCUCGGGAGUAAAUUCCUUGACGAUAACACCUUUCAAAAUCGUUCUUGGGCAGAUGUCAGCCAAAUCCCCGUCACGGAGCUGAACAAGAUGGAACUAGACUGGCUCAAAGGCUUCGAUUGGACCCUCCAUGGGCCAAUGUACAAUGAGACUGAAGGCUUUUACAUGUGGAGAGAGCAUUGGAAGGCGUACCAAGAAGAUGCUCAACUUGCAAAAACACGAGAGUCGCAGAAGCUGACUCCUAUCGACACCACCGUUACACACCUUCAGCAAAUCCAGCAAACCACUAGACAGCCAUUCAUGUCUCCAGAAGGUCCCAUUCCAUUGCAAUAUCAGCGCUCGUCCCAGUACGACACACAGUGGGUUCGUCCAUUCCUCUCAGACUAUUCGCCGCCCUCCGCGCCUCACACCGGACCGACCACGCCAGACUACUACACUAGUGGUAACUGGUCUCAAGCUCCUCCGCCUUAUUCAAAACAAUCUUGGGCAUCAAACAGCACUCCUGUCUACGCCAAUCAUCGAUCCCAGCCCCCUUCAUAUCCACAUACACCUUCUUACAUUCAAGGUUAUUCUCACCCCCCCCGCAACAACGCCGCAGUCUCAAAUCCCGCGGCCGCCCGUGCAGGGCAAUUCUUCGCCGCCCUCUCUUUCGCCUUCGCCUCCGCCUCCGCCUCGCUAAGCACCAACGUCUCAGCCAACUCCCUCAGCGCUGCAAACGACCUCGCGGCCCUUGCGCCCCGCUACUUCGACAUCCCUCGUGGCCAGCUCACCUGCGCUGGUGUCGCAUGGGCGCUUGUCCCGUGGCGCAUACUUGCAAGCGCGCGCAAGUUCCUCAACUUCAUGUCCGCAUACAGCAUCUUCUUCGGCCCGCUGGCAGCCAUCAUGCUGUCAGACAUUUAG